AUGCUGGCUGCUGGCUGCUUACCUUGCUGCCCUACCCUGCUGUGGUACCGUUUGCCCAGUGCCUCCAUACCCGACGGUAUGGAUCGUGAUGCAUUCUGCAUCUUUUGCUGGGGUUUCGAACCCAGCGAUUGGGUUCAAGCUCUGAGAAGGAUAAGAGUUACAGCAUCCAGAUCGCCAGCUUCACUUGACAGGCUUAUUUCGGGAGGCCCUUGCCAAAUGUUGGAGAUGGGUCCCUUGACGAGACUGCAUUGCCAGGCUAUUCGCUUGUUGAACCGUGAGCGUCGCCGUCAGCUGGAAGCCUAA